AUGCCCAGAAAACGUGUCCACAGAUCUCCGCCCAUUGAGAAGAGAACGGACGACCCGGACGACGACGACUUUCUGUUUGACGACACUCAAUCUAGCUCAGGGAGGAGUUCACACGAACCCCAACACAGAAACGCAGCAAAUGCCCGGGAGAGGGCAAGGAUGCGAGUUCUUUCAAAAGCAUUUUGCAGGUUGAAAACAACCCUACCGUGGGUGCCUGCCGACACCAAAUUGUCGAAGCUUGACACGCUGCGGCUAGCAGCGUCCUACAUAGCACACCUGAGAGCUUUGCUGCACGAGCCACGUUCAGCGCACACCCCACCACACCCAUUAAGUCUCGCAUGGCCGUUUGCCUUUCAACACGGGGGCUCGUUGAGCUGCGCGGUUUCUCAAAGAUGGAGUCUAAACAAUCAGACCGGUGACCCGUCUAACGUAAACAGUAGAAACAACAAUUCCCAAGUGCAGCAGAAUCAAAACGGUGCUUGCAACGACACUUAUGGUCAAGAUUACUCCGAGAACGACUACGAAGAGAGAGGCUAUGAGGAGAUGAACGACACACCCGGUGAUCAAGUGCAAUAUUGUAACUACGGCUAUAAAGACAGCUAUUAUGAAAUGCGAAAUCAUCAAUGCGAUGUGCUGAUGAAUAACGCG